AUGAAAGAUGGAUGGAGGAAGCGUGAGCCCUUGGUGCUACUACAGCAAAAGAGGCCACUCCGCGAAUGGGAAUUGAACACGGGUCUUCCACUUGACAGGCGGAGAUACUCACCACUAUACUAUCGCGGAGAACACUCCACUGUCUUACCUCACUGGUCAUCUACCACAUACCCCAUACCACCUGCCAACUACCACCCUCCACCCUCCACAUUCCAAUUAAUACUAUCACUUAGCACAUUACCCUCCAGCUUCCCAUUCCUUCCAUGUAGGCGGCGAAAGGAAUUACUUCCUUCGACACGGGGACCUUCCGCGUGUGAGGCGGAUAUGAAGGCCACUACACCCCGAACCUCCCCCUCCCUAGAAAGUGAAGCUAGAGGGCCCUUUGUGCUUGGUUAA